AUGCCUACCCUGGUUCGUGAAAUGGCCUUGUGGGUAGCAUCAAAUCUUGGGGAGGAGAAAGAAAACUUCAUUGUGAAAGCCGUAGCAAAACUUAAUCACACUCCAAAUGUCAAGGAUUGGAGAGGUGUGAGUAGGAUCUCAUUGUGGGGUAAUCGGAUCAAGGGUAUAAGUUGCAGUCCAGAUUGUCCCAAGCUUACAACCUUAUUCCUCCAGUUCAAUGGUCUGGGGAAGAUCUCAAGUGGACUUUUUAUGUUUAUGCCUAAUCUUGUGGUUUUGGAUCUAACGGCAAACAUUGGCCUCGAGUUGCCUGAAGAGAUUUCGAGACUGGUCUCUUUGCAGUAUCUCAACUUAUCACAUACAAAGAUAAAGGAACUUCCUCGGGGUUUAAAAGAGCUAAGGAAACUUAUACACCUGAACCUGGAGUUUACUGGAUGGCUUAAAGGAAUUGCUGGGAUAUCAAGUUUAUCAAAUCUGCAAGUUCUAAAACUGUAUUGUUCCGUCGAAUUAAAUAUGGAACUGGUGGAGGAGUUACAGCUCCUGAAGCAUUUAAAAGUUUUGACCGUCUCCGGGGGUGAUGCCUAUGUCUGGGAAAGAUUUAUGAGCAUUCCCAGAUUGGCAAGUUGCACUCGCAGUGCAACUCUUACGCACUGUGAAGCAGGAGCAGAUGGAAUAUCGAUUGCCGCGACCUCAAGUAGGCUUAGCGUCCUCCAGAUAUAUGAGUCAAACAUAAAGGAGAUAAAGAUUGAUCAGAAAGACGAUGAUCACUGCAAGCAAUAG